AUGGUGUGCUCCACGGAGCUUGUCGAUUACCUUCACAUUAUCCAUUAUGUCGGAUUCUUCGGUGCACAGUUCCUCAACUCUGUCCUCGUGUUUCUUAUUGUGACACGAUCCGAGAUUCUGGGAGACUACAGAUAUGCAAUGCUUGUUUUUACCUUCUGCUCCAUGCUAUAUUCGUGUAUUGAGAUAGUUGUACAACCUGUGAGUUGAGCCCGAGCUCACUGUUACGGGACCAUUCUUUCAGGUCGCUCAUAUGAAGGGAGCAAUGUUUAUGGUGUUCAUGCACAGCCAUUUGUUUGAUAUGCCCAAGUCUAUCGGCCGAUUUCUCACCUGUAAGCCUUCAUUCGAAUCACCAUUAUUCUCAUUAGUUACUUUGCAGGUCUUCACUGUGUGCUUUCCGGGUUCGUUGCUUCGCUGCUCGCGUGUCAAUUCAUUUACCGAUACUUGGCAUUGUGCAAGUAAAGCUUCGAAUGAUUCUACUCUUGACACUAUCUAUUUUCUAGAACCCACAUGUUAGCCCACUUGCAAAGCAAAAGACUCUCGCUCAUCUUCAUUCCAUCGCUCUUCGUCUUUACGGUUUGGCAUCUCGCCUUUUUUGAUGGAAUGCCAUACACUCUUGAGAAACAGUUGUACAUCCAAGAAGAGCUGGCCACGUGUUUCCACGUGGAUUCUGCAAGCACUCCAUUUGUCGGAUCACUGUAUUGGGUGCAAGGAUCGGACGGCGAGAUAGAGUGGAAGCCGAUGGAGGUGGUGGCGUCGCUGAGCUGUUGCGUCACUUUGGUGAGUCAGUUCGAGUCACCUCUCCAUCUGUUUUUCAUUCGUCAUCAGAUGUGCUGUUUCUUCACAAUUCUGUUCUGUGCAUCAAGAAUCUAUUCAAAGAUGAAAGAGGCUAAACAUCAUCUCAGUGCGAAAACAUUGGACGUGAACCGCCAACUGUUUAGAAUGCUUUCCAUUCAGGUAAAUCUAGAUGGGUUUUGCUCCAAUUAGAACGAAAAAACAAUUCCAGACAGUGAUUCCGAUGAUAACAAUGUACACGCCAGUCGCGUUGUUCGUGAUUCUUCCAAUGUUCGGCAAAGAUAUACCGUAUCUGGGGAACCUGACGAGCAGCAGUCUCGCUGUUUAUCCCUUCCUGGAGCCCAUCAUUGCAAUCACCUGUGUCGCAAGUUUUCGGAAAGCCGUUAUAGGUUAGGAGGCGGUAUUGCCGCAGAGUAUCAUCUAAUUCCAGGAGCACUUCACCUCUCCAGUUCACCUUCCCGACACGUCUUCUCUGUAUCUCGAUUCUCAGCAACUUAG